CAUCCCUGCGGACUGCAGUGGUCGCCAGCAGGUGGCAGCAGUGCGCGUCUCAACCGGAAACUCCAGAAGAAGAGGAAGCGAAAGUGGGAGAUGACUUUUAACUCGAUUUAAAAACAACGUUAAAACACGUCUGAGAGGUGUAAAGAACAAAGAUGAGACACUUCGGGAGAUUGAUCUGGAUCGUCAUUUAUGGCAUCAGUACAGUGAGCUGCCAGGUGAAAGUCGAGGGUUUUAUCAGUGACAGCGUCCUGCUGCCCUGCAUCUACAGAGAAGGCCCUCUACCUGACCAAUUCAACGUCCACUGGAGAGACAAAGACGACAAGAUCGUGCUGGACAUCAACAACAGAGUCCAGGACUUGACAACACAGGACCAGGUGUUCAAAGGUCGAGUGAGGAGUUUCCCUGAUGAGUACAAGGCGGGAAACUUCACUGUCGUCCUGGAGCAGGCCCGACAGUCAGACAGCGGCACCUACGAGUGCCAUGUCCCUAAGGUGGACUUCCAGCGGAGAGUCCAACUGACCGUCGCAGGUGUUAAACCGACGCCUUCUCCAGGACCGAGAGUUGGUGACGGUGCAGUGACACUGAGCUCCUCCGUCCUGCCUCUGCUCUCUGCUCCUGUCUUUUUGUUCUGGCUUUAAAAAGACAGAAGCUGAAAGUCAGACAUUAUCAAGCUUUAUUUGAGAGCAAAACAUAAAAUGUAGCAGCUCUUAAAAUAAGAAGGGAAGAGUUCUGCUCUAAAACAUCUAAAGGGAUAAAAAAUUCACUUUAAUUUCAGAUAAGAAACAGAUUUAAAGUCACAACUCUUUAAAAAACAAAGUCAAUCAGAAGGUUGUUGAAGUAGAAAUCCAGAGUAGAACACAUUUCAUCUGAGGGUCGAACAGCUCGUUUCUUAUUUAGUUCAACUCAAAGAUCAGUUCCUGCUGUUACUGCUGCUGUUUGUGUCGGUACAUUUUAUUUAAUAUUCCUAUAACCUGUAAAUCCUAUAACAUUUCAAAAUGCUUGGCAAUAAAACCUGAAUAAAAUUAGAGUAGAGUAGGGAUAGAAUUAGAGAUAGAAUUAAAAAAGUUUGAAAAAUGGAAAAAAAAACAAAACAAUCAACAAAAAAACAAGUAGACAAUAGAAAGCACUAAGAAAUGAAUCAUGUUGUUGUUGUUUGUUUUCUCUCACACCUCCUUGUUCAUAGUGCAGAUGUUGAUGUUGUCUUGUCAGCUGCUGAUCUGUAAAAGAUGCUUACAGAUGCUGAAGGAUAACUCUUUUUUCCCCCAUGUUUCUGGCUGUAAAUGAUCGGAAUCGAUGCAGAACUAAGGAAGAACGGCACCUGUCCACAUCAAAGUCCGUCCACUAAAGUGCUUGUUUUUGUCACUGACAGACUCCGAUUGUUCUUCUCAGUGUCUGACAUGGAUUCCUACAGAGGCAGAGCUGUUUAUUAAAGAGUCAGAUCCUUUUAGUUUAACCAGAAACAUCUCUAUAUAUCACUACCAGACUCCAUAGAGAAAAACAGGGAUUUAACCAGGAGCUGCUGGAAUAUCACUGCCUCCAUCUGUUAGUGUGUCUGUGUUACUGUGUGACUUUCAGUGGUGGAAGAAGUAAUCAGAUACUUUACUGAAGUAAAAGUACCACACAGUAACAAGCACGUUAGUGGACGGACUUUGAUGUGGACAGGUGCCGUUAUUCCUUAGUUCUGCAUCGAUUCCGAUCAUUUACACCCAGAAACAUGGAAAAAUCAGGCCCAGGUAAAAAAAAAAAAUACCAGAGUUAUCCUUUAGUUUCCACACUGGUAACCUAAAAUAUCCUGCUGAUUUAUAGUUUUAAAGUUAUACAUACCUUUAACUGCUUCAUUUUCAGGGAUACGUCAGACAGUAGAAAGAUGUUGAGAACACCUCUCUCUGUUGUUACUAAAAAUGGCCACAGUGGGAGUUUAACCAAUUUUCGCUGUGGCAAAAAGUCUAAAUAUUGAUGAUGCGCGUUCUUAAAUACACUCCACGUCCAGUAUAUUGGGUUCACCCAGUUGCAACAAUCCCUCUGAUUGGCCUAAUGAGGGCACCCUCAACUCCUCUUUUAAGAUGUAAUCUUAGUAAAAUCAGGGACAACAUGACCAUGACUGGCCACUGGGGGUGCUGUUAUCAAUAAUUACAUUUAUUCCUCCUGCAAGUUCUUUUCAAAUGAUGGCUUUUGGAGCAGAACUCAUCUCAGGCUUUUCUUAAAUAUGUUACAGCUUGUCACCUGAAGGAUAUGUUACACUAUUAUUUAUAUUAUUAGCCAAAAAAGCUACACUUCUACUGAAGGAUGACAUGUUCGGUUUUGUUGUGAUGUUGACAUGUAAAAGUUACAGGCGGGAUAAGAUAAAUUUUAUUUAUUUAUUUUAUUUUAUGAAACAUGAAGUAAAAUUGAAUGAUGUUUUUGCUAUUGCUACAUAGCUAAUGUUAGCAUUAUCUGCCAUUCCAAGAGCUUCAGCCAUCGUUGUGUUUACAAGAGGUUAGAACACGUAAUCUGGUCAGCGCUACUUCUUCAUCCUCUCAUGUUGGAGUGAGCAGACUAACUACACUACUACAGACACACUAUAGUUUUAUUACGAGAUGGGAUGGACCAAGGCUAGCUGGUUAGCAUACUAACUCAAAUAGAAGAAAGUACGAGAGUGAACAGUGGCGUUGCUUUCCAGCGCUUGGUGAGUAAAGGACUGAAGUUUGAUACAAAAUUUGCGAUGUUUCUUUAAAACCACUGCUAAUGCUAAUGUUGGCUAUGUAGCAAUAGCAAAAAUGUACAAAUAUCACCUUUAAAAACCAAACCCAAACGCAAACCCAACUGAAACAUGAAGAAACAAAUGAAGAAUGAAUCCUUAGAUCUCACGUUCACCCAGUUUUCCUCUGGGUUCUGUUGUUUCUGGCUGAAACAUAUCGAAGCUUUCUGCUCAUAUUUCAGCUGCAGAAUGUUUUAUAUUUACCAAACAUUUCAACCCGAGUUCUGCAGCGAUGUGAGGUAUUUUCCUCUGACCAGCCUAUCUGGAUCUUUGUUUGACUGAAGUGGUCUCUGUGAGGUUUUAGCAGAAAGAUGAGUCCUGGAGAUGUAGUGAAACAACUAACUAUACUAAAAACCAGCUUAGCUUAUAUAAAGGUACUAACAAAGACAUUUCAGCUGACUGAAGUAAUCACAAAUUAUUUUCAUUAUCAAACCAUCUGACGCUGGAUAAAGUCAAGCACUGAUUACUGGCUUUAUUCUCAGGGUGAUCAGGGAUCAAUAUAUUGAUUAGUUAAGCGGAGGGACGAUGAAUCAAUGCUACCUGUGCUGUAACGAGGUCAUCACAGCCGGCAGUCAUGUGACCCACGACAUAUUACAUUGUACUUUAAAUACUCUGUAUUUUUCCUACUUUACUACCUUGUAUUUAUGUUUCAAAGACAUGACUGAAGUUUGUUUUCUUCUGAAAUAAAAACUGGAGUUAAAACUCCACAAAUA